AUGUACCCCGCCACCCUUUCCACGGUCGUGGCGCUGGCUCUAGCUUCCAAGGCUUUUUCGCAGGUCCAAGGUACUGCAAUUGUCAACUUGGCCAAGGAGCACGGCCCAGCGCGAGCUCUAGGGUCAGGUUUUAUCUACGGCUGGCCUGAUAACGGAACCGAGGCAGACAACUCCAUUCCGGAUCACUUUGCCACUGACAUCAAGUUUAACGCAAACCGUGGCGGCGGGGCGCAGAUUGCAUCUCGGGGCUGGGCCACAAGCGGCUACGAAGGCUAUCUCGGCCGCUUCAACUCUACUCUGUCCAAUUAUCGCACCACGCGCAAGUACAAUGCCGACUUCAUCCUGCUUCCUCACGACCUGUGGGGUGCGGACGGCGGACAGGAUUCCAAGUCUCCUUUCCCCGGUGACAAUGGUAACUGGACCGAUAUGGAGAUGUUUUGGGACCAGCUUGCAUCCGACUUGAAGUCCAACGAUAUGUUGAAGGGGCUUGUUAUCGAUGUGUGGAACGAGCCUGAUAUAGGUUCCUUCUGGGCUCGCACAUGGCCACAGUAUCUCGAGUAUUACAACCCCGCAACUACAUUCCUGAGGUAA